AUGGCUUCCACAAAUAUGAAUGUAUUUUUCUCCUAUGUUGUGCUUUUCUUGUACUUGGUUCAUAUGAUUGAAGCAACUAGCUUGCUCCAAAAACAUCAUAUUCAUGUUUAUAACGAACUCCCUACAAAUUCCGCUUCCUUAUUUGUUUACUGCGCGUCGAAAGAUGAUGUGGUCGCAAAUCAGACACUUAAUCCAGGUGAUCAGUUAAGCUGGUCGUUCCGUUCUAAUUGGCUAGGGACGACUCUCUACUUUUGUCAUUUUUGGUGGGGAUCGAAGCAAUCUUCGUUUGAUGUGUUUGAUGCUCAUUGGUAUGCGACAUAUAACACACUCAAUUAUGUUGCGAGGGAAGAUGGAUUUUACCGUAGCCACGACCAAGACAAUUAUUUAACUGAUUUGAAAAAAUCUCGUCACGAUUGGAGUUAA